UUUGUAUUGAUUGUUUUCGGCAAUCUAGAUUGGAAAAGUCUUUCUAUUUGAUUGAAAUCAGAAAAAAUUAAUAAAAGCCCCUGUUUCAGUAAUCAUCUUUAAUUUUCUGAUUGCUAUCAUGUCAAAGAAAAAUAUUGCUGAACAAGAGACCAUAAUAAAAGAUUCCCUCUUCGAUUUGGUCAAAACCAACAUUCCUGAUGCAGAUCUGAACUUGAUUGAUGAAAUUGUUCUGUCUUAUGUUGUUGCUAUUCUGGAAGAUGUUGGAUCCGAUCCAGUAUUCGAUGUUGAAGGAUUUUGUGAGAUGAUGUCAGCCUAUUUUCCUGAAUUUGAAUGCAUAAAUCACGCCACCGUUUGUCAGUGGAUGUUUCAAUUAGAAGCGAAGCUACAUGAAUCGGAACAGGCAGAAGAUAAGAGUUCUACUCUGGACAUAUCUCUCCCUGAAAUUGUUCCCAAAACUAAACCAAGGUCCCAUAACAAUUCGGAGAGUGAUGUUCCAAAACGAACUCAUAAGCUGUCAGAAAUGAGUGAUGGAGGUUCCACCGACAGCUCAUGUUGCGAUUUUCCAGAUGAAAUGGAUAUUUUGCAGGAAAUGUUCCCGUCAGUGUGUACCAUUGAGGUGAAACACUGCCUCGCCAUAGCAGCUGGAGACAUUGAACGUGCCACUCAAAUACUCAUCGAUCGCCAAGAGAGUGGCCAAUGCUUGGCUCAGAACAAUUCUCUAACCAUUCAAGUGAGUAAAAAAACAAUCGACGAUUCCGAACUCAAACAUCGUAUCAUAGAAAGAUACUCUUACGUCGACAAAGACGCCUUCAAUAAGGAGCAUCGACCUGUCGCUCCAAAAGUCGAACCUAAAAAGAUGGUUCGCUAUCGAGACAACAAAAUAGUGAGUCUCAAGGGGGAGAGGUUCACAGAGGUUAAGAAAGGAGAGGAUGUCGACGAUAUUUCGUUAAAGAAAAACAAGAAAGGCCAUACUCCGUAACCCAAUGGUCGAGAAACUCUUGACAGGAAGUCCGAGGUAGGGUUUUUCGACGGUUUUAAUUUUUUUAUUUUACUCGACUACUUAACUACUUCUUAUUUUUAUGUUAUGUUAGUUCCUUUUGUUCGAAUAUUUUAUUUAUAUGUAAUGGUUGUGUUUCCUCGUAGAAAUCAUUUAUCGAAAUACUCGAAAGCUGGAUUGUUGAGUAUUAUUUUUUGUUGCAUCAAAGUCGUAUUGAAUGUACGAAAGUAUUUGUUAGAUAGAUGUAAUGUAGCUAACUCAGAACACAAGGUGUUGAUUAGUGAUUCAAUGUUGAGGUAUAGAUCUGCGUUAAAAUUAUAUAUAAUUCUCAUCAGUUUUAACUAGCUAUAAGGAGCAAGUGUUAAGCUGGAGUGUUGGCCUUGAACAACCAAAAAAAAUGUAACUCCACACUCUUCAUGACUACUUCAGUACUGCGUUUUUUAAGAUUAGUAACAUUGUUGCUGUGAUAUUGAUACUAUUUUACUGUGAAAUAAUUUAUUUUCAGGUGUGGUGAAUAAAAAUUUGGUAGAAGGCUUUUCAAACUGUGGUUUCAGGUUUUCAGACAGUCGUUUGUUAAAAUUUCUUCCUGACGUUUCACUGGCGUGGGUGGCUGGUAUCUCAGAGGUAUGUGUUACCGCUUCUUAGGUUAAAAUUCACAGUGUAUGAGUGGCCGGAGAAGAGGGAAGGCCUCACCUGACCAAUCACGAUCAUAGAAUAGUUAUUAAUGAAUAUUAUUCUAUUGUUUAUUCACCUAUGCCUCCGCCUCCGUUGAAUUUUGCUUUAGCGGAAGUCAUCUUUUACAUUUUCGCCUCUCAGCUUCCCUACACAACGGGAUCUGUCGGAAAACGACUAUUUGUUUGGCAGAUACCACGACGGAGAUUGGGCAGAUAAAGUUCUUGCACACAACUUCGGAAAAUAAUCGAGUAUCCACCUACAGACUAGUUCAAAGAUGUCUUAUGACAUCUAGAAAGAGAGUGGACACAUUUUACCCAGUCAUUACCUUUCUGGAAUAAUAUUGACAUUUUGUCAGUACAAUUACAAUAACGUUUACCGUUUGUCAUCAAUCGAAGAUGAUUGUCGAUACUAGCAAUUGAAACGUCAUGAAGUAACUUGGUUUGAAAUCUGUUUUUUUUUUGUUUUCAUUUUAUUGUUUUUCAAUUUUUUGAUUACUUUCAACUUCUUUUUCUGACUUAUGUCUUAUUUUUAUUUUCAUUCUUUUUUAUUUCUUUUUACUCUGUGGUCUUUGUCAGCUUUUAUCUUAAUUAUUUUAUUCCUUGUAUUCUCAUUUCACGUAUUAUUGUUUAAUAUAAUUGAUAUUCCAGCAAUUCAUUUUAAUUUUAAUUGUUCAUUAGAAUUCUUUAGAAUCAUAUUACACAGUGGAAGUGAAAACUAGUAAAAUAACGUUUACAUUGAAAGAGUAAUUGCUACCGUUUUCAUUGUAUACAUGAAUUUUUCCAAUUCAUCCAUCUGUCACCACAUUAAAUAAAGAUACAAUGGCGGAACUUGUUGAACACAUACAAAUAUUGUUGUUAUUAUUAUCAGAUGAUAAAAUUCCAACUGAAGGAACUAUAUUUAUAUUACCAUGAUCAGUUUUCCACCUAGAAAAUAAUAGUAUUUCCAGAUUACUUCGAAACUUGUGAGAAAACAAUAAGUACUGUUAAUUUUAUGUCCCUCUAUGCAAGUACCAUAUCAGUCUCUCCCGUACUGUGAAUUUCCCCAACCUUAUGGAUCUAUUAAAUGUAGUUAAUUCAUUAAACGUCCGAUUAUAAAAAAAAUGUGAUAAGUUCGAGGUCUACACAUCUUCGCUUGACAACUUGCUCCAGUUUUAUGUAAACCUUCAUUAGUAUUACUAUGUUAAGUAUUAAGCUAGUCAAAUAUUAAAAAUGUUUUGAGGCAUUUUUGUCCUUUAUUGUAAGGUUUUAAUUGGAAGUUAUUGAUGAAAAUCAAGGUGAUGGUCAUUUUUCCGACUGUAAUUUCUUUGAGUGUCCCAUUGUUGAAGGUAACAUAUAUUUGUGUUACAGAUAUGAACCGAUAGUGAUGGAGUAAGCGGAAGCUUCUCAUACAAGGUGUACAAAUUGAGUAGCGAGAAAAAUUCUUUGAAAUAUUAUUUGAAUAAAAGUUUAUAAAUGUCGAUAAUAACUCGUGUAUCUCCCCAAACGUUUUUAAAACUUCUUCGUUAAUUGACUGUCAGACCUUGAGACACAAACCGUUUUGGACAAUACCUUCUGUUUGAACACAGAAGUCUUCUCACUUGUUACGGCGCAUUCUACAAAAUGAGUUAUCCAUCUUGUAUCGUCUGCCUAAGUUUUUCCAAAAUUUCCGUUGCAUUAGUUCACAAUAUAAUGCUAAGAAUAAUCAAAAGCCUCGUGUUUUUCACAUGUCUACUUCCUGCCUUUCUAAGGCCUACAUUAUCUAUGUUGCAAGAUGUAAUAAUUAGACUCGUUACUUGAUUUGCACAGCUUAUGAUCAGUUUUUUGUCAAGGAAAUGUUGUUGUUCUGUGCCAUUAUUGCCUCUUCAUAUUGAAGUUGGCCCAUUUUUUAUUAGAAAAACGUGACUUCCAUCUGAUAAUUUUCAAUUACUUCGAAGUACUGCCUUUUCGAAUAUUCAUUUAAGAAUACCUGUGAUUUUUCUCUCUUAAAUUGAAGCCUUGGUAUACCGAUAUGUUUCUCUUAUUGAACAUUUAUCCUGCAUUCAAUAUUUUGAGCACUUGAAAAUUUUGUAGAAAAUUUCAUUUCCUACAUGUGGAGAAUUCAUAUAGGCAACUAUUAUAACUCCGUGAAGUGAACAAUCAGUGUUGAAUGCAUAUUGAUAUUGUCGAUAAGAUUUAAGAUUUCUCAAUUGUCCCAAAUAGAAAUUUUAUUUAUCUGAUUACAAGA